AUGGACAUUCUCAGCUCCCUCGAUCGACAGAUACUGGGAGAUCUUGCGAAGUUCAAGCCACCUGUGGAUGAGUUGCCGACAGAUGAGGAGAAGAGGGGAUGGGAGAUGUCGGUGCGCUACACGGACGAGUUUGGGAACAAACGAGUCAACGGCGGUAAGCACCUGAAGGCCUCGCAAGCGUACCCAAGGUUCGGCAUUGCAUUGGCAUCCUUGCGGACCCAGCACGAGAAACACGUCAAGGAGCAGGCUUGGGCAGAUCUGCGUGAUGCUAUGAAGCGGCAAGCCGAGCCAUCCGAUCGAGAAGUGGCUCGGCAUCAAAAGUUGCUGAAAGCAGCAGCGGCGGCGUCUUCUGUGCCACCGAAAGACCAGGAGAAUAAGAAGAAGCCGAAGAAGGAAAGCAAGGGAGAGAUAGAAGCCCAAGACCAGAAGCCAAGAAAAGAGGAUAAGACAGACAAAGAGAAGAAGGAGAGCAGGGAAAAGAAGGCAGGCACGACGCAGCAGGAGAAGCAAGUCAAAGAGAAGAAGGAGGGCAGAGAGAGCAGAGAUGCAAAAGACAAGAAGGACAAGCAAGACCCCGCGCCAGCGAAGGCGAAGGGACCUGAACCGGCCAAACCCCAGCAAGGCCCAGGCCAGGGAGCACAGCAACAGAAGAAGGAAAGCAAAGACCACAAGGGAAACAAAGACCAGAAGGAAAGCAAAGACCAGAAGGAAAGCAAAGACCAGAAGGAAAGCAAAGACCAGAAGGAAAGCAAAGACAAGAAAGAAGCCAAAGACAAGAAGGAAGCCAAAGACAAGAAAGAAGCCAAAGACAAGAAGGAAGCCAAAGACAAGAAAGAAGCCAAAGACAAGAAGGAAGCCAAAGACAAGAAGGAAGCCAAAGACAAGAAGGAAGCCCAGGACAAGAAGGAAGCCAAACACAAGAAAGCCCGCGUGUCCGAGGAGGUGGGUGCAGUUUCCUUUGUUGACGGAGAGUCCGAGAAUGAUUUUGAUCAAGUGGCGCUGAUCGAGGCACAGAUAGCAGCCGAGGAACUUGCUGCAUGCUCCCCAAUGGCUUCAGAAGGUUCCGCGGAUUUCGGUGACCAGGAUGAUGAUGAUGAUGAUGGACAGGAGGAAUCGGAGGAGGCAGGGGAGCCGGAGGCAUCUCCGAAUGUCGCUGAAUGUGAAGCCGAAGCCGAGGAGGAAAUCCUGCCGUCGCAAGAGUGCCACCUGAAUGAAGAAGACAUGCCAAGCGGUUCCUCAUCUGAGGAAGGAUCCGAGGACCCCGACGGGGAGCCCUUGUCUGGAGAUGAUGACGAACCGACCCCCGACCCAGCUUCCUUGAGGGAGGCCACGGAGAAGGAGGAGGAAGUAGUGCGGAACAGUACGACGCACAAAAAGGAAUGGGCCGUGUUUGAUCGGGCGAUCAAGAAUCGCCAGAAGUUCCCCGUCAGCCUGAGUUCCUACGCAAGCAAAUCCAAGACGGAUUUGUUUGGUGCCUGGCUCGAUUGCAACGGCAAUUGGGAUGAGGUGAAGCUUAUCAUGGAACGAAAACAUGAAAGGAAGAAUCUCAACCGACAGGAUGUUGUUGCCAUCCAGGGGAAAGACUUGAAGGCUAAGUACACCGACGAGGCCAUGUACAAGCAAGUAAUUGCCGCAAGAAAAGCCGAAGGACGUUGGUACAAAGACAAAGACUUCCCGGACAAAGAGGAUGAAGCUUGGUAUUAUAUGCCGAAGGGCCACCUGCUGCGGCUUGACAACAGCACAAGCGAGUCUCAGACCCUCCGGGUGGAUCAAGCGAUGGAUGAAGAUUUGGCAAAGGUUCUCGAAGAGGGCAAUGUGCUUCAGGCAGGCAGUAUGCCUGCUGUGCAUGCAGCCUCCGAGGCUGGUGAGAAGGCUCUCCUGAGCCUCUUCGACGAGGCGGGAGGGAUGCAGAAGCGCAUCCCAAAACCGAGGAAGGACAAUAAGGAAGAACCCGAGGAGAUGAAGCCCAAGACCCUGAAAGAGCAGGUGGCGGAAAAGGAAACCGAGAUCCUGAAGGAUUCCACGGAGGCUCGCAAAACCUCCAUCACCCUGACCAAGCUGAACUACGGCGGCCAGCUAUCGGAGCAGCUGCUCAAAUUUUCGAAGCAGAUGGAGUCUGCCUACAAGAAGAUGUGUCAGCUGGACAAAGACGGAAACACAAAAGCCUUGAGGAAAGUUAUCAAGUGGGUGGAUCAGAAGAAGCCAUGGUUCAAGCAAGCCCAGGCAGCAGCAAACGGCCUGCAGUCUGGAUUGAAAUCCAAAAAAAAGGCUGCAGCAAAGAAGGCGGCCGCCAAGAGUUCCGCAAAAGCGGACUGA